UUUUAAUUUUUAUGGAACAAUUUAUUUCAUUUUUAUUUAUAUAAUUUCAACACUGAAUAUAUUUUCCUUGCGACUUGAGAUCACAAAGUGGCAGCAGUUGAAGUGUAAGAAAGGAAGAAAGAAGCUGAAUUUUCUCAUCACAAAUUACAAUGCGAAGACCGGGGCGGCAGCACUCGAAGCAAGCUGCCGGAGGAGGAGGAGGGGUGAUGAAGGGCACGCUUGGGAGGUUAUUGAUCGGCGUCGUGGUUCUCCUGAUCUGCACCGUUUCGUUUCUGGUUAUGACCACGACCAGCGGCGGCGGCGGUGGUGGUGGAUCUGGAUUUGGCUCCGAGAUUAACUUGGAUAAACUUUGGAGAAGUGCUGAUUCUGGUGGUUGGAGACCAUCAUCAGCUCCACGAUCUGAUUGGCCCCCUCCACCAAGUGAGACUAAUGGCUACCUACGCGUGCGCUGUAAUGGCGGUCUCAAUCAACAACGUACAGCGAUAUGCAAUGCUGUUCUCGCAGCAAGAAUCAUGAAUGCUACACUUGUGCUGCCAGAACUGGAUGCAAACUCUUUUUGGCAUGAUGACAGUGGUUUCGGCGGUAUCUAUGAUGUUGAGCAUUUUAUCCAGUCAUUGAGGUAUGAUGUAAAAAUAGUACAAAAAAUACCAGAAAUUCGCAAAAAUGGGAAGACCAAGAAGAUAAAAGCUGUACAGCUUCGUCCCCCUCGAGAUGCUCCUAUCAGUUGGUAUACUACAGAUGCACUUGCGAAAAUGAAGGAGCAUGGUGCUAUUUAUCUUACUCCCUUUUCACAUCGCUUGGCAGAAGAAAUUGACAACCCUGAGUAUCAACGGUUAAGGUGCAGGGUUAACUAUCAUGCUCUGAGGUUCAAGACAAAUAUAAUGAAGAUAAGUCAAUCAAUAGUAGAUAAGCUUCGCUCACGAGGUCACUUCAUGUCCAUACAUCUUCGUUUUGAGAUGGAUAUGCUGGCAUUUGCUGGCUGCUUUGAUAUUUUCAACCCCAAAGAGCAAGAGAUAUUGAAGAAGUAUCGAAAAGAAAAUUUUGCGCCAAAGAAGCUCGUCUACGAGGAAAGAAGAGCCAUUGGAAAGUGCCCAUUAACUCCUGAAGAGGUUGGCCUUAUUUUGCGUGCAAUGAGGUUUAACAAUUCCACCAGGAUAUACCUAGCUGCUGGUGAACUAUUUGGCGGGGAGAGAUUCAUGAAACCGUUUCGGGCUUUGUUCACUCACCUUGAGACCCACAGUUCUGUGGAUCCCACAGACGAGCUAUCAGAAAACACCCAGGGAUUGUUAGGGUCUGCAGUGGACUACAUGGUUUGUCUCCUCUCUGAUAUUUUUAUGCCUACAUAUGACGGCCCUAGCAACUUUGCCAACAAUCUCCUUGGACACCGCCUCUAUUAUGGCUUCCGGACCACACUUAGACCCGACAGGAAAGCUCUUGCUCCAGUCUUCAUUGAUCGAGAGAAGGGACGGACAGCUGGUUUUGAAGAAGCCGUAAGGAAAGCCAUGCUCAAGACUAACCUUGGCGGGCCCCACAAGCGGAUCCCCCCUGAGUCUUUCUAUACAAAUUCUUGGCCGGAAUGUUUCUGCCAAACAUCUCCCAAGAAUCCAGAAGAUAAAUGUCCACCGGAUAAUGUUUUGGAAAUUCUGGAGGGCCAGUUGAGUGAAGCAGCGGAUGGCCGGGAAUCAAAUUCAACAAUAUCUGUAGCCGAAAGAUGAGAAAGUAGUUGCAGGACCUUUAGCGGAUGCUUGUGCCACCACCAUAUCGUUGAAUACCUUUCUGCCUAAUUGACAAGGUAUAUGGGGUCUCUCUAAUCAUACUCUGCCUUUCAGGUUCAUGUUCUAUGAGUCUCCGACCAUUGUGAUUUAGUAUUUCGACAAAGAAGACGGCAAGUUGGCACUGAUACUACGGCUGUAUGACACACGAGACACGGUGAUAGUUACAAAUUUGUUAUGCUGUGAUCUGAACAUAUAUAUACUUGUGAUCUACUGUAUGAUAUUGAAUCGACUUCCUUUGUAUGAUUCUGCCUUGUACGGCCAUAGUGACAGUCUGACAAUUUUUCGAGUCUUGCCUUAACAAAAUAAACGAUUACCAUAAAA